UGCGCGUGCGCAGGUAUUCCUAGCUCCUGGGUUCUGCACGAGGCAGUCAUGGAGGCCUCGGCGUCUUUCUCUUCCCCGGAUUUAGCUGACACGGCAACCGCCGUGCGAGCGACCCCGGCCGCUCUGGAACAUCUGGACAAAGAGCAGAUUAGAAAGGCAGUAGAAGUUCUGUUUGUACACUCCAAGUCAAGAAAAAAGAAUAAUGAGUUACUUUUGAAUGAGAAUGAGAAUUUGUUUCUAAUGGUGAUAUUAUGGAAAAUUCCAGAGAAAGAACUGCGGGUCCGAGUGGCUUUGCCUCAUAGUAUUCUAUCAGAUUCGUCAGAAGUCUGUUUGUUUACCAAAGAUGACUGUGAAUCACCUGAACAGACAGAAUGUUUCUAUAAAAAGCUUUUGAAAAAGCAUGGAGUUAAUAGCAUCUCUCAGAUUAUCCCUUUUAAAACUUUAAAAACAGAAUAUAAAGCCUAUGAAGCCAAGCUCCGCCUCCUAGGUAGCUUUGAUGUCUUCAUCACUGAUGAAAGGAUUAGACGGCAUCUGCCCACACACAUAGGAAGGCAUUUCUAUCAGAGGAAGAAAGUUCCAGUACCUGUAAACCUUCUGUCCAAGAAUCUGUCCAAAGAGAUUGACCACUGUAUCACAGGGACCGUCUUAAACAUCUCCAGACAUGGUUCUUGCAGUACUGUACGUGUUGGUCACACUGGAAUGGAGACUCAGCAUGUCAUUGAAAACAUCCUGGCUGUCUUGGAAAUGCUUUCAGAAAAACUACCAGAGAAAUGGCAGAGUGUGAAACUCUUGUUCCUGAAAACUGAGAAGUCAGUUUCCCUUCCCAUCUUUUCCUCAUUUGUCACGUGUCAGGGGGAAAAGAUCUUAUCCUUCCGUAGCGUGAGAAGAAAGGAACUAAAAAAAAAAAUGAAGCAUGAAAAAGAAAAGCUGAAGAAGAAAAACAAAAUGUCAAAGAAAAAAUCCAAGAAGGCUGAAUCUCUUCUAACUCAAGAUGACUUAGCACAUGAAACCAGCAGUGCUCCCGUGAAGGCACCAAGAUCCCAGAAGAAAAAGACCAGCAAAGGAGAAGCACAACCCAAAGGGACAGAUGAGUGUGACGAAACAAUUCCACAGCUGGUACCAAUAGGAGAAACACCAGACCAAGACAAUGUGAAGAUGCAAGAAAAUGUCACAGGGAAAAAAUCUCCAAAAAAGAGGCCUGAUCCAGAUAUACCUCAGGGCAAGAAAAGGAAGGCCCUACCAUCGACAGAGACCCCAGAAGCCUCUGGGAAGAAGACAAAAAGAGAUGUGCGGGAAAUCAGAAAGCCAGAGGCCAAGUUCUUCACUCCCAGGAAAUCUUCCAACACACCCAAAGACAAAAAACCCCAAGUGGCCCACUCAAACUAAAGUCAGGUUCCUUGGCCUGCAGGGACCAUCAGGGUUACCCUAAAAGCUUUUCAAGAAUACUUAGACAAGGUGUGGUGGCACACCCUGGGGGACGUAGAGAUAGGCAGAUCUGUGUGGGUUGAGCCAGCCAGAAUUGUGUAGUGAGACCUUGUCUCAACAGACAAACAAACUUGGCCAAGACUGGGUAUACACAGCUACAUCCCUAACAUUCAAGCCAAGGCCAAAGAAGCAUGAGCUUGAAGGGAGCCUGGAGUUCAGCAGGAGUGUCUUGAAAGGCCAAACUUCAGUCCUGGGUUUGGUGGUGUAACACUGCUGCCAUAUGCACAGUCCUGUCCUGUCUUCAGUACCCAGAACUGUCAAAAAGUACCAUGCACCUUCACAUAACAAAAGGUCCUCUGGUCCUGACCCCACUGCAGCCUUUGUUCAACAGUGAGUCCUAGACUUAAUAUUUUUGUAAAGUUUCCAGAGAUAGUCCUGAAUUAAUGUUUCUAUUUGUAAAAACUGGGGUUUGAGGAAAAGAAAAAAAUCUAUUUUUUAUUAUUCAGUGUAUUUGCUGAUAAGAGUGAUUCUGUAUGUUUGUGGUUUUUUAAUUAAAGUAUGACAUCUGCUUCUGGGUAAA